AUGGAGAAUCACCAGCGAAAUUUUAACGCUACCACCAAUUUUGCCCAUAAAGAAAUCUCAUCCAAUGGCACUCCAAGUCGAGAACAAAUUAUUAGCCAUAAUUCUACUGGAAAUUUAGGUUUGUCGCCUGGUCAACAUGCAACCAACACAAGUCUUUAUGCUUUUCCGAAAAGUAACGGUGGAGCUGUGAUCUCAGCACUACAAGGAUUACAAGAAAAAAUUAAAAAAUUGGAAAUCGAACGAUGCUUAGCUGAGGAAAAUCUCAAAACUUUAACAACGGAAACUGCCCAUUAUAAAGAGAUCUUACAAAAAGAACAAAGCGCUGUCCAUGAUAAUCGUAACGCUGCUACUAAACAUAAUCAAGAAUUAGAAGCUCAGCUUGCUGCAACAGAGGGAAGAUGUAGCUUGUUAGAAUCUCAACUGGCACAAAUGAGAAAAUUAGUGACGCAAGCAGAGAAUGAUAGAAGUAGUGCGCUACAAAGAACUCUAGAACUAGAGAAAAGGAAUUCUAGUCAAGUUUCACGGGAAAUGCUGUUACAAUUUGACGACCUUAAAAAGCUGGAGCGAGAACAUAUUCAGCUAAAAGCGUCUUAUGCCUUAGCUGAGAGUCGAAUUCAAGAACUAGAAAAUCAAUUAAAAGAAGAGCAGCACAGUAAGAAAUUAAUCCAAGAGAAAGCAGCCGAGUUGCAAACCUUACUGGAAACUAAUAGAAUACUAUUACAAAGUAACACUGCACCGGUAGUGCGCAAAAAAAUUGCCAAUAGAAAGGCCUACAAAAAGAAAACAAGACAAAACGUUAAUGAUCCAACGAAGCAGGUUUCAUACAAGGCUCCUUUUGUUGUCGGAAAGAGUUCGGCGUCUUCACAUUCAUUGGGAGUGAAUUAUCAGAAAGUACUAGCUCUUAUUAAGGCGUAUCAUCCAAGCUCUCGUGUUGAUCAAAAUCGAAAAACUACUUCUGAUUCUUCGUCAGAGUCCUCUAGCAGCGAUGUAGAACUGAACGAGCUGCUGCAUGGACUAGAGGAUGAAUUUGGGCGAAUGAGCUUUGAACAUCAAGAACUAGUAAGGCAUAUUCAGGACGCUGGAGACGGUCGCAUUAGAAGAGAUUUAGAAAAGGAGCUAGAAGAACUCGUGAUUGAAAUGGAAAAUAAAGGUGAACAAAUUGCAAUCCUGAAGCGCCAUUACGCUAGCCGUAAAGAGAAGAAAAAGAAUAUCAAGAAGAAUAUGACACGUAAGAUUGGCAAUCGAAAAGACAAUAAUGAUGACGUUGAGGUCGUUACAACGAUGCGUACUAAGAAUCCUAUGGAGGGUAAAAUCCAUGGAAGUAGCAAGCAAUUUGAUAGCUUGCAAUUAUUGCGAGAUAUGAAAGUGCUUCAAAAUAAUCUUCGCAAAGGAGAUUUAAGUUGGGAUUAG